AUGCAUCCACAUUGUCAAUAUCUAACCAAUUCAACCAUCGUAUCCCUACAGUGUGUGAUCAGGUCCAAAGUGCCGAUCACCGACGUCGCAGACUACGGCAUCGACUGUAGCAGCAGCAGCAAUAGUGGUGAUGAAGAGCGUCACAAGAUUCUGGUCUCCGCCGCAGAUGGGAACGUGUGGGAGGUGACGUUACCGGCCAAGUUACAGCCUGGUGUAAGCGUACUGACUGGUGACCUGCUGCUGGAACGGUCCAGUAGUGAGUGUGGUGGGGGAAUGGUGCAGUGGUUCUGCCAGCUCCCGGGGGUGCAGUCGAUCGAGCAUGCAUCGGCGGGCUCGGGCCUGACGUCACUUACGCUGAUACGGAGUCUAGUGACACCGUCCACGUUGAUCGUGAGCACGCGUGGCAGCCCGGGGUCAAAGUUGCAGCGUCACCAGUCGCUAGAAUUGGAUGAGAUUGAAGGCGAGCAAUCCACGUGCACACUUUGCUUGAAUAGCCAGGACUCGAGGCAUGCGGCUAUUUUGCAGGGAGAUCUGGAUGGUUGGGUGCGGUUUUCGUUGAUUCGGUACCGUAGUGGGAAAGGAGAUGUCGCCAAGGCGUCUGUAAUUCGCAGUGGAGCUCUCGUUCGGCUGGAUCAACCUGUGCAGAUGAUU